GUUGUUUUACGUUGAAUGAAACUGCGCAUUAUUUUUUCCGAAGAGCGCGGAAUUUGAUGACCCGGUAUUCUCCAAACCCAACUACGCAAGAUUUGCAACUUAGCCCUGCUAAUGUGAACGACGACAGCGGAGGAAACGCGCCAGCCGUACGGAGAGGCUUAAAGAGACAUCAGCGAAGAGGGAGAAAAAAUGAUAAUGGCUUCAAGGAAUGAGCAUUAAAACCGACCAAAUGGGAACUGUCAUCGACUUAUAAUACAGAGAUCUAGAUAUUCUAAAGUGAUAAGCAGCUGAUGUUCUGCCUGUUUCCUCUCAACCCAAACGUUGAUACUUGGACUCAAGGAAUGCCUGACAUGUCUCUGCAAAACCACCUGGAGGGGACGCAAAGGAUGGAAACCGAUGCCAGACACCACCUCACUUUUACCAGCUAGGGUCGUGUACAUCUGUCCUUCUCCCAAGGAAUGUGCUCCUCUAUGGUUGGAUUUAAGGAAGAUUUCCAUAUGAUGUCUUCGUCCUGAAUUGUAUCGCCCUUGGAUUGUUUGCUAUACCUUCCCUGUCUAUAAAAGCAGUUAAUGUCUCAUUUAAUCCAUAUGUGUAGAGCCGUGUUGUGGAUAAGCCAUUCCCUCCACUCUCUUUCUCUCUAAAUUCCUCUCCUCCAUCCCAUUCCCUGUGCCCCUGUUGUUAGUUGUUUUGGUGGCUCUGUGAUUUUAUGGCAGUGGAGUAAUCGUGGAGAGGCCGGGGUAUCACAAGCUUAUGGAUUUUGAUAAAAGAGGAGGAGGAGGAGGAGGAGGAGGAAAAGGAGAGGCGGAGGAAGGAAAGAGAAUGUCUAAGACUGGUGGGAGCAGGACAGGGCAUGGGGGUGGCCGAGGCUCUGGGACCAACUCUGGGGUGCUUAUGGUUGGCCCUAACUUCCGAGUGGGAAAGAAGAUCGGCUGUGGGAACUUUGGCGAGCUUCGACUUGGGAAAAAUCUUUACACCAAUGAAUAUGUGGCCAUUAAACUGGAGCCAAUCAAAUCCAGAGCACCCCAGCUCCAUCUCGAGUACAGGUUUUACAAACAGUUGGGGAACUCAGAGGGUGUUCCUCAGGUGUACUACUUUGGGCCUUGUGGGAAAUACAAUGCCAUGGUGCUGGAGCUCCUGGGCCCCAGUCUGGAGGACCUGUUUGACCUCUGUGACAGAACCUUUUCCCUCAAGACUGUCCUGAUGAUCGCAAUUCAGCUGAUCACACGGAUGGAGUAUGUGCACACAAGAAGUCUGAUCUACAGGGACGUUAAGCCAGAGAACUUUUUGGUGGGCCGGCCAGGGACCAAGAGGCAACAUACAAUCCACAUCAUCGACUUUGGGCUUGCCAAAGAAUACAUUGACCCUGAGACCAAAAAACAUAUCCCAUACAGGGAGCACAAGAGCUUGACAGGGACAGCUCGCUACAUGAGCAUCAACACACACCUGGGGAAGGAGCAAAGCAGACGGGACGAUUUGGAGGCGCUGGGUCAUAUGUUUAUGUACUUCCUACGAGGCAGUCUGCCCUGGCAAGGUUUAAAGGCUGACACACUGAAGGAGCGCUAUCAGAAAAUUGGAGAUACCAAAAGGGCAACCCCUAUAGAAGUGCUCUGUGAGAGUUUCCCUGAAGAAAUGGCCACCUACCUGCGCUACGUGCGGAGACUGGAUUUCUUUGAAAAACCAGAUUACGACUACUUGAGAAAGCUCUUUACAGACCUCUUUGACAGAAAUGGCUAUGUCUUUGACUAUGAAUAUGACUGGGUCGGCAAGCCGCUGCCGACUCCAAUAGGACCAAUGCCUAGUGACGCACCUCUGCAGCCCAGCAGCAGAGACAAAGCACAACCCCAGACCAAAAACCAGUCUCCAGAACCUAAAGGAAGUGAGUCCCAGCCCACUCCCGUGACCAACAGGGAGCUCCUGGGGUCGCACCUCACGGCCGAUAGGCUGGGGGGCUCUGUCCAGGUUAUGAGCUCAACCAACGGAGAAGUGAAUACAGACGAUCCCACGGCGGGACACUCCAACGCUCCCAUAACUGCCCCUGCUGAAGUAGAGGUGGCUGAUGAUACAAAGUGCUGUUGUUUUUUCAAGAGGAGGAAGAGGAAAACGCUCCAGCGGCACAAGUGAGGAGGAACAUCUUUGAAACGUUAAGAGUCACUGGUGCGUUUAAAGUAAAAAAACAAAAGCAAAGGACUUGAGCUGAAAACGUGGAGUUCUUCUCUCCCUUUCUGUCUCUGCUCAACCUCAGAACAGAAACUCACUGCCUCACUUUUGGCAUCUGCUCAGCGAGGACACCUCAGUACUCUGCGCUCUGACACUCUUUGUAAGGAAACAAUUCAGUGGAACAAAUAAAUAUAUUUGUACAAUGCGGGACACCAGAAAAGACCUCAGUGGUCAGAAAUAAGAUGAUAUAUGAUAUGUGACUUAAACCCAGAUGGACUGUUUAAACUUGUAUUUUAGAUGACAUGCAAAACCAUUAUUUGAGAACUAAAAGGCAACCAGACUCAGACUUACACACAGACAUCCGUUCACUUUGACACUGGCUGGAUGAGUGAGUGAUGUGCUCCAUGGUGUUUUUGUUUUUUAUGGGAUCAAAAUAAGUGGGGAAAGACCGCUGACUGACGUAUGGAGAAAAGUACACCGAUUCAGACAACCAAUGUAAAUUCUGUCUUUCCUUUUUGCUUUUGUAAUUUAAAAAGUUGUUUUGAAGAUCUGCUCUCCCAGUUUUACUCAUGUUGUAGAAUGUGUGAACAUUUUUUAACCGCUUUUAGUGUUUCUUUAUUU